CAUGCGGUUUUAUGUGUUUGUUAGGACACUGAUGUGAACCGGCAACAGUUUAAGUAGUUUAUUUUACCUUUACGUGUUGGAGGACUGCAGAGAGGAUUUCUCUCUUGGUGUUAGUGUAUCAUCUUUGUGGUGGCAACCGAAAAAAAAGAAAACAAUCAUCUCGCUGUGUCGUUGCUCGCUUUUUGUAAUUGCGUGAAAUUCCAAGACGCGAUUUUGGCGAUUAUUUGUUACUUUUUAAUCGUUAUCUUCGUUGCCCAUAACAAACAUCGGCUUUCUCCGGCUGUUCUCCGGCUGUUCUCCCGAGGCCGUAUUAAUGUUAUUCACCGAUCCCCGUCGUUAGCAUCAGGGCUAUCGAUUUACAUAAUGUGGCGAUAAGCUGACUACGUAGCUGACUGAGCAGAGUUGUUUUAAAAAAAAUAAACACUGCAUUAUUUGUAAAGGCACGCGUCCGAGGCGGUCGUUCGACUUCGACAUGGCGAUCAGAAGGAUAUAUAUUAGCAUUGGCUAUGCUAGCUUUGGUGCCUUGGUUGGACUUUCGGCUUUUUUGGUGUGGAAUAUCGUUUAUCAUCAGCCAUGGACAGCGGCCAUGGGAGGUCUCUCAGGCGUGCUGGCGCUGUGGGCUUUGGUGACACACGUCAUGUACCUUCAGGACUACUGGCGCACAUGGCGCAAAGGCCUCAAGCUAUUCAUCGGUGUUGGUGUGCUCUUUUGCGUCCUUGCUGUGACUGCCUUUAUUACCUUCUUGACGCUGGCCAUCACACAGAAGCAAUCUCUGACGGAUCCGAGGAGUCUUUAUCUGUCAUGCGUGUGGAGUUUUAUGACCUUCAAGUGGUCCUCUCUCUUGGUUCUGUACUCGUACCGAUAUCGGCAGGAGUUUGCAGACAUCAGCAUCCUCAGCGAUUUUUAGUUGAAUGCAACAUACUUUGAGGGUUCUGUGGCUCGGGCCUAGAAGACCUUCUUCGGAACCAAGAGGACUUGUGUAGGUGACCACCAGGUGUCAUUGUGUUUAUAUUGUAAACUGUUACUCUAGUAUUCUUCUCGGGUGUUAUGUCUCAACCUCAAAGCUACACUUUUUAAAUCACCAUCUGAGCUGGCUUUUAAUCAGAUAAAUACAUUGCGCCAUUCUAUGAAAACCCAAGGGGCUGUCUUAACUCAUGCACUGCCAUUGACGGCUGUUGAAUUCAAAUAUCCAUGUUAACAUGGAGGAUUGGCAGUGAAUGAAUGAGGCCGAGAACUUAAAACAGGCAGGCAUCCCAGAGACAGAACUAUUGGAUACAAGCAAUUAAAAAGUCAAAGGUCCACUUUAAGUGUUCAGUGUAGACAUGCAGGACAAAACAACAAUGACAGAACUUUCAUAACGUGCUGCCACCAUGAAUCUUUCUUUGCUGUGCGGUGCUGUUUUCAGAAAACUAUCAUCGGUGUUGUUUUGCCUGUGUUUUUAUGCAAUAACAGUAUUUUAACACUAACAAUGUGUCACUAUUGCAUCGUCACAGCCAAAACGAAAAUGCUGCCUCACAAGGACUGUUUGUUUUAAGAAUGCUACGUCUGUACAUGUACUUCACUGCUAAUGUGUCCAUCAGAGUCAUAUGACUUAGUCUGGGUUUACACUGCAUGGUUCAAAGUGACACAAUUCCCUUUUUUUUUGGUUUCAAGCGGCAAGAUUAUAUUAGUACAAUAUGUGUCAUGGCAUUGUAAAGCUUGGAAUCAGAUUGGUCCUCUUCCAAAUGUGUAUAAAAAUCUGAUACCCUGGAAAUGCAAGUCGGUCAUGACCACUCAAAUACCCACUGUAAACUAAAGCUAAAGCAUAGACCAUUAAAUAUAUUGUAAACAUGCAUCAGCAGAGAUGUGUUGAUUAAAUAAGGAAAAUAAUAGCCAACGGGGGCCUGGCCCAACUAUGCUUAAUAUUCGUAUUUAUGUAUUAUGCUUUAGUAUUUACUGCCUGCUGUUCAGGUUUGUGGGGCUAUAUACGUGCAAUUUAGGUGUGUAUGUUAACAUAGCCAUAUUGGAUAUGUCAGUUGGAAAUAAACAGUCAAAAAAGCAGAGAUGCAUUAAAUAGGAAUUGGAGAUUACCAAUGUAAAUUCAGCCUUACAUAUUUUAAGCCACCGUAUGUUGAUGAAAGGCUUGCAAAAUGACACUUUUGGAUAAGACCUGUGAGGACAAACCGUUGGUGUGCAUUUGUGUAGUGUAGCUUUACAUGGUGAGAUCGGCAACAACUGGUCUGGCAUGUGCACAUACAUUUUGUCGGUCUGUAUUAACAAAGUCUUGGUCUCUGCUCAUUGCCUUGCAGUUUUCUUUGCUAUGCUUCAUCUCAAUUGUAGGGCCUCACAUUUUUCAAUGAUUACCGUAUUGUCAAAGCAAAGAGCCAUGCUCAUUUUGCGCAAUCUCUCACAAGAGGGCAGUGUAGAGGUUUUGAGAUUCAAAGUCAGAUAAGUAGUACAUAUUCCUUGCAAGAACCCCAUUGUUUUUAAUCAUAAUAUUGAUUAUUGUGUUGGAUUGUUAUAGAAUCAUGCAUUUUAGUCUUCUCAAACACAAAGCCCAUUUGUUGUCUUUCUUAUUGCAUUCAAAUGUGACCCUGAUCGUCUUUCAUACACUUUUUGUAUGUUUCUUUUUCUUUGGCAAUUGUUAACAUACUCCCAAGAUUUCAUGUAUCUGUUUGCACCCCUCUUGUUUCAUGUGACCAGAGCAGCACUGUGCAAGUUCUUGUUAAGCCCCACCAGGGGGAGACCCACACUCACAUUUCUCAUGUAAAGACUUUGAUGAAUGCUGAAAGCACUUUAACAUUGACGCCAUUGUUUGCAAACGCAACUUCCAUACUAUUUGUUUUUGUCUGCUAUUCGUGUGCGUCUAAAGAUGAGAGCUGGAAGAUGUCUUUUAAAAUAUAUUUGUGUUUUUGUGAAUUAGUAUAAGCCCCCCUGUGUACACAUGCAUGUAAAGGUGCAUUACUUAAUUCCAUGUAUGUUCUCUCACUAACAAUAAAGUGAUUUAGCUCCUCA